AUGGAUGAAGACUACUCCUCAGGCUCUGCGGACGCAGAGCGCGAAAUGACUAGACUCUGGCGUACCUGGAGAACGGUCUUUGAGAUGCUUGCUGAUCGGGGUUACGAAGUCACAGAGGAAGAAGUGCAGAUUCCGCUGGAUCAGUUCAGAGCUAAAUAUUCAGAUCCCCUUGGAUACCCUGACCGAGCCAAGAUGAAAAUCAGCGCCCGUCCCACCGAAGCAAUGAUCGCCAAAUACACACCUCUUCCCACAAAGAACAAUCCGAAUCCUCAGGGUGAAUGCGGUACAAUCUACGUCGAGUUCUGCCCCGAUGCCAGCGGUGUUGGUACCAAGCAGAUCCGUGCUUUCAACCACUUCGUUGACGAGCAGAACUUCCACACCGGCAUUUUCAUUUCGCAAACGCCCAUCUCUCCCUCUGCUGUCCGUCUGCUGAGCAGCAUGCCCGGCCGUUUCUGUGAGCACUUCCAGGAGCAGGAUCUGCUGGUCAACAUUACCCGACACGAGCUGGUACCGAAGCACGUUCUGUUGAGUGCGGAGGAGAAGGCUAGACUACUCGAGCGCUACAGGUUGAAGGAGAGCCAGCUGCCUCGAAUCCAGGUCUCCGACCCUGUCGCUCGCUACUUGGGUCUGAGGAGAGGUCAGGUGGUGAAGAUUAUUCGGAAGAGUGAGACGGCUGGUCGUUACGCCAGUUACCGGUGGGUCAUCUAA